UUCCCCUCAUGGCUGCUUGUUCUCUGCUGUGUCAUUAACACCAUCCUCAUUAACUUACAUCACCACGGACCUGCAAACAAGCUCAGAGUCUUGCCCUUAUCCUGUCUCACCACCUGGGGACGAGUGCUAGGAGCCCUUAUUGUUCCCAGCCUCAUUAGUGCACUCUGUAUAGUAUAUGACGAGGAAAGAAGCUUAGGUGUCCAGUUUCAGCCUGGGAAGUGACGGAGCUUUAUGUACCUGUAUCUACUGGCUGCUAUGAGGAGGGGAAGCUAUGAAGAAGUUACAGCUGAAAUACAACCGCACUUGUGCAGUCUGGCUCAUAGAAGACGAUCGGCACCAAGUGUGCUGUUUGAGAAAGCUCUGGGAACGCCCUGGCCCUCCAUCAGGGAGGAGUGUGUGCCUGCAAUUCUGAUUGAUCAGUGUCCAUUUGUGCUCGGUCUGAGUAGUGAGGACUCAGAGCUUAUCCUGGAUGACACAGUGCAGCUUACUGAGGGACUGAGGACAAGGGAGAGACAUGUGUUCCUCUUUAGUGAUGUGUUGGUCAUCGCUAAGCUCAAAUCCAGAGGCAGCUACAGACUAAAACACAGAGUCAGCCUCGAGCAGCUGUGGGUUUGUAACUUUAGAAAUGAGGAAGACAAAGCAUGUAAGGACGAAAAGAGACAUUUCCACCUGAAGAAGACACUCGUUCUAGCCUGGUCUGUCUCUUUCUGUCUCCUGACAUUCAGGUGAGCUAAUCAAAUUGGAAUUUUAAAAACAAAAUGUAAAUAUGUGAUCUGAAUGCUGCUCAUUAUUUACAGUAUAAGACAAUACA